GCAGAGUAGCGAUUUAGAUAAAAGCACGCGACUACAAAUUGGUAAUUGAAGGAUAGUGUAUUAUAAAAGUAUGUCAACACAGUAGUUAAACAUGGCUGUUAGACUUGGUAUUUGCCGACUGGGUUGCCGUGACCUAUUUAUGAGAAGACAAGUGUGCUCAUGGAAAAGAUAUUGUACAGCGUCACAAGAAAAUAAUCCUCUGCUGCAACAGGAUGGUCUACCUAAGUUUACUCAGAUAUGUGCUGAGCAAGUCGUACCUGCCAUUCAAAAACUAACUGCAGAUUUUGAUAGAAAUCGUCAAGAAGUUGAGGAAAAGCUUCAAGUGUUCGGAGCAGACGCAGAGAUAACAUGGGAGGAUGUAUUCAAUCCACUUGAGAUUGGCGGGUCUAAACUGUCCUAUGCUUGGAGUGUUGUCAACCAUCUUAUGAGUGUAAAAAACAGUGAUGAAUUGAGGAGUGCUUACCAACAAAUACAACCACUGGUUAUAGAGACUUCAACUAAACUAGCACAAAGCAGAGUUAUAUACGAUGCUAUUAAGCGAUUAAACCAAAGUAAAAGAAAAUUAGAUGAAGCCCAGUAUAGAAUUAUCAACUCAAGUUUAUUAGCAGCUCAACUUGGUGGGGUGGAACUUACUGGAGAAAAGAAAGAACAAUUUAACAACAACAGACUUCAAAUGGCUAAGUUAAGCAUGGACUUCAGUAACAAUUUACUUGAUUCUAUCAAAUCUUUCAAUAUUAUACUAACUGAUAAGAAGGAUGUUGAUGGGUUGCCAUCAUCACUACUACAGUUAAUGGCAUUAAAUGCACAGCAAGAUAAAACUAAUGUUAAUGCUGAUACUGGUCCAUGGAAAUUAACUCUAGAUAUACCUUGCUAUGAACCAUUUAUGAAACACAGUAAACAACGAGAAUUAAGACAACGAUUGUACAUGGCGUUUAUCACUAAAGCUUCAUAUGGACAGUAUGAUAACAGUGAUAUGAUUGAAAAUAUCAGAAAUUUGAGGCAGGAGAAUGCCAAGAUUCUGGGAUUUAAAAACUUUGCAGAUAAAUCACUGAAAUCUAAAAUGGCGCAAGAUGUGACUGAAGUUAUGACGUUAAUCCGGAAUUUGAAACUGAAAAGUAAAAGUGCUGCAACUCAGGAACUCCAUGAUCUAAAAGAGUUUGCAAACAGUAAUGGUUUCCAUGGUGAUUUAUCUCAUUGGGAUUUACCAUACUGGUCUGAGAGACGAAGAGAACAGUUAUUCAACUUUAGUGAGGAAGAAUUAAGGCCAUAUUUUCCACUGGGUAGAGUUCUACAGGGAUUGUUCAGCUUGACAUCAUUUUUGUUUGGUGUUAAAAUUAAGCCUGCUGAUGGUAAAGUUGAGAUUUGGCAUGAAGAUGUAAGAUUCUUUGAUAUUUUAAAUGAACAAGGAGAUCAUAUUGCCUCAUUUUAUUUGGACCCAUUUACAAGACCUGCAGAGAAAAGAGGAGGUGCCUGGAUGGAUACACAAUUAGGAAAAAGUGAACUUUUAAAGACAAAACCAGUGGCCUAUCUGGUGUGUAACCAGAGACCACCUAUAGAGGGCGUACCAUCUUUGAUGACAUUUAGAGAAGUAGAAACUCUGUUUCAUGAGUUUGGUCAUGGUUUACAGCAUAUGUUGACUACUAUUUCAUAUGCUGAUGCUGCUGGUAUUAACAAUAUAGAAUGGGAUGCAGUAGAGUUGCCAUCACAACUCAUGGAAAACUGGGUUUAUGAUAAAAAUACCAUGGCAACCAUAAGUGGCCACUAUCAAACUGGUGAAACGUUACCUAAACAUCUCUUUGAUCAGUUAAUUAAAGCUCGUAAAUACAAUGCUGGUCUAAGCAUGUUGAGGCAGCUCUACUUCAGUGCUUUGGAUAUGGAACUACAUACAAGCACUGACCCAUGGAUGGAUGUCAUGAAGAGAGUAUCAGAAGAAUAUACUAUAAUGAAACCACUGCCAGAAGACCGGUUUCCUUGUUCUUUUCAACAUAUAUUUGCUGGUGGUUAUUCAGCUGGUUAUUAUUCAUAUAAAUGGGCUGAGGUAAUGUCAGCUGACGCCUUUGAGGCAUUCCAAGAAGUUGGUUUGACCAACAGGGACAAAGUUGCCAUCGUUGGAAAAAGAUUCAAAGACACAGUAUUGGCAAUGGGUGGUGGGAUGCAUCCUAAAAAAGUUUUUCAAAAUUUCCGUGGACGAGACCCUUCACCAGAUGCUCUACUAAAAUUGUAUGGUCUUAGUUAGCACCACCACCAUCAGUCUCCAUCACUGUUGAACAGAAUAAACUUACAUAUUUUAUACUGCCUU